CCCCGCACCGCGCGCUGUGACGUAACGCGCCUGCGCACGGGCCCCCGCGCGCGUCCUCUGCUCUCGGGUCAACAUGGCGGGGCGACCUGCUGUUGCAGCUUCAGGCCGGUGGCUGGAGGGCAUUCGGAAGUGGUAUUACAAUGCUGCGGGAUUCAACAAGCUGGGUUUAAUGCGAGAUGAUACAAUAUACGAGGAUGAAGAUGUGAAAGAAGCCAUCAGGAGGCUCCCUGAGAACCUUUAUAAUGACAGGAUGUUUCGCAUCAAGAGGGCACUGGACCUGACCUUGAGGCACCAGAUCUUGCCUAAGGAGCAGUGGACAAAAUAUGAAGAGGAUAAAUUCUACCUUGAACCAUAUCUGAAAGAGGUUAUUCGGGAAAGAAAAGAGAGAGAAGAAUGGGGAAAGAAAUAAUUGUAUAGUUGACAUCUGUAGGUGCAGCUGUCCUGGAGCAUUUUACCAUGUUGGUUAAAUGUGAAACACAAGAAGGAUGUGUUACUUUAAAUAAAUGUCUACUAUAAUCAUU